AUGAAGACACCCUCAACCUGGUGGCCCGCCGCCGCCGCCCUCCUCCUCCUCUCCCCCACCGCAACCGCAACCGCAGCCACAAACCUCCCAUCAACACCAGCACCCGCAGCAGCAGCAGCCGCGCCCGCCCCACUAGCAUGCGACAGCAUCCUCGUACCAUCAGGGGACAACAACAACGGGAACGGUGAGGGGAAGGGAGGGAAAGAAAAGGGCGGGAAGGACCAGCACAAGUAUGACCUGCGCGCGCUGGUGGGGCCCCAUGUCGUCGUUACGCAUGAGUAUACGAGCCCGACGUAUCACAAUACCACGUAUGCGAUCGAUGUGUGCGCGCCGCUGCGGAGGAAGAGAGACGUGGAUGGUGGGGGGAAGUGUCCUGAUGGGACGCAGGUAUGCGCGAUCAAGCAUCGCUGGGACCACAAGGAAGACAAGUCCGCGGGCAUCGACCAGGUCAUCCCCAUCGUGGUCGGCGACGAGCACAAGGCGAUAACGUGGAACGCGAAGCGGCUGCCGGGGAAAGCGGGCGACGGCGAGGCGGAAAAGGGCGGCAAGAAGGAGGGCUUGAAGCUGACGCUGCAGGGCCACACCACGUACCAGGGGCGGGCACAGCGCACCGUCGUCGAGUUCAGGUGCAACCCCGACUUAGAGGGGACCGAGAACGAGUGGGAGAGCGUGGAUGUGUACGAGCCGGGCGAGAAGAAGAAUGGGCGGCGCGAGGAGGAGGGGGGGAAGGACGGUGAUAAGGAGGGGGACAAGAAGGAUGAGAAGGGCGAUGAUAAGGGGGAUAACAACGAGGACCCGAGCACGCCCGAAAAGCAGCUCAAGAAGAGCGGCGCGGCGCUCGUGUGGGAUGGCUACAAACGAGAGACGGGCGAGGACGGCGCGGAAAUGGACACGCUGUACCUGACGUGGUACACCAAGCAUGUGUGCGAUACGGCCGUGGACGAGCCGGAGCCGGCUGGAGAGAGCGCGCAUUGGGGAUUCUUUACCUGGCUGGUCAUCCUGUGA